GACGCGGGGCCAGGAGCGUCCCGCGAACUGGCGCGGCGUCGCCGAGCCCCCGGGCGGGAGACGGGAGGUUUGGGCUGAGCCCUCCCCGCCGCCGCCCGCCCCCGCUCGGCGUCCGCCUCCCGCCCCCGCCCGCGGCCUGGAGCGCGCCUCCCUCGCCGCCCCAGGUCUGGCGAGCCGACGCCGGCCGAGCUGCGGGAGCCGCCGCGAGAGCACCAGCAGCCGCCUUCGCGGGAGCCGCUCCGGCCGCACCAUGCGUGAGCUGGCCAUCGAGAUCGGGGUCCGAGCCCUGCUCUUCGGGGUCUUCGUUUUCACAGAGUUUUUGGAUCCAUUCCAGAGAGUCAUCCAGCCAGAAGAGAUCUGGCUCUAUAAAAAUCCUUUGGUGCAAUCAGACAACAUACCUACCCGUCUCAUGUUUGCAAUUUCUUUCCUCACGCCCCUGGCCGUUAUUUGUGUGGUGAAAAUUAUCCGGCGAACAGACAAGACUGAAAUUAAGGAAGCCUUCUUAGCCGUGUCCUUGGCUCUUGCUUUGAAUGGAGUCUGCACAAACACUAUUAAGUUAAUAGUGGGAAGACCUCGCCCCGAUUUCUUUUACCGCUGCUUUCCAGAUGGAGUGAUGAACUCGGAAAUGCACUGCACAGGUGACCCCGACCUGGUGUCCGAGGGCCGCAAAAGCUUCCCCAGCAUCCAUUCCUCCUUUGCCUUUUCGGGUCUCGGCUUCACGACCUUCUACUUGGCUGGCAAGCUGCAUUGUUUCACCGAGAGUGGGCGGGGAAAGAGCUGGCGGCUCUGUGCUGCCAUCCUGCCCCUGUACUGUGCCAUGAUGAUCGCCCUGUCCCGCAUGUGCGACUACAAGCACCACUGGCAAGAUUCUUUUGUUGGCGGCGUCAUUGGCCUCAUUUUUGCAUACAUUUGCUACAGACAGCACUACCCCCCUCUGGCCAACACGGCUUGUCACAAACCGUACGUCAGUCUCCAAGCCCCGAGCUCACUGAAGAAGGACGAGAGGCCCACAGCGGACAGCGCGCCCAGCAUGCCUGUGGAGGGGAUCACCGAGGGCCCCGUAUGACUAGUCUUUCGGGAGCAUGGACGCUGAGCCCAGGGCACGCUCUUCCACCCCAGCACCAUAACACAAUAGAAGAGGUUUUCUGUAGUGUGUCUCAUCAGUUGUUUCUCAACGUUCUCCUUCUGCUUCCAUUGGGCCACUGGUGUUCCUGCCAACUCUAAAUGUCUGCUUUCAGCGUUCUUGACUUUGUAGAGGAAGGACACAGGAACACCCUCCGAGAGACGUGUGGAAGGAGGCUGCGAGGGAGGGGUGGGUGCCGCUCGGGCGAGUCCUCUGAGAUGUUUGCUGUGACAGCCACCUUUCUAUGUGUUCAUGGUUGUGAAACAUAAUAAAACCUCCUACCUGGAA